GCGGUUGUGUCCGACAAGAUCUCUAUCGAUGUGCGAUCGUAAACGUUUGACUGUGCGAGUAACGGUUGCUGCAGUGGCAGUCAGAUAGUCAAAAGUACCGAACCGAUUCAGAAAGCAAAACAGAGUUGACCGUCAAAAAAACCGCGGAACAUGCUGCGUAACAUAGUGAAGCUAAAGGUGAGACAACCUUUCCAGAGUGUGCGACCGAAGCGCUGGCAGACGGCUCAGGCCCAGGCGGUGGCCAAUAAUGUUGCUGCUGUUGAUCCGGAAUGGGAAACUGCGAUGCCGUUCGACAAAAUCUCGGGGCCCAGUAUUUGGCGGAUGAUGAAAAAUUUUGCCCCUGGCGGACGCUACCACAAUUGUACACUGCCGCAAAUGCACAAAUUUCUCCAAGAGGACUAUGGAAACUUGAUGCGGUUGCCGGGAAUGUUUGGUCGAGAGCCUAUCCUGCUCAGCUUCAACCCGAAUGAUUUCGAGAAACUUUUCCGUGCAGAAGGCAAAUGGCCUGUCCGGCGCGGGUUGGAGAGCUUCGUGUACUAUCGGAAAAAAGUUCGUCCCGAUGUGUUCAAAGGAAUGGGUGGAUUGCUGACGGAAGAUGGAGAACCAUGGCAAUCAUUUCGAACGACGGUGAACCCUGUGAUGAUGCAACCGAAAACGAUUAAACUAUAUGUUUCGAAGGUGGAUGAGGUUGCUAGAGAAUUUAUGGAGAUUAUGACAAAUCUUCGCGAUGAGAAAAACGAGCUUCCGGCAGACUACGACCAGUGGUUGAAUCGAUGGGCACUCGAAACGAUGGGUGUAUUGGCGUUGGACACUAGACUUGGAGUUCUGAAAGAGGAAUCCGAUGAAGCAAAACAUAUUGUUACGAACAUUCGGAAGUUUUUCGAACUGACAUAUGAGAUCGAAGUGUUGCCGUCUUUAUGGAGAUACUUCAAAACACCCAAAUUCCGACAACUGAUGAGCACUUUGGAUGAUCUUACCAGACUAGUCAUGGCCAAAGUGGAUGACGCAGUGGUUAGACUGGACAACAAUCCCUCUACUGACAGUAACACCCAAAGUGUGCUCGAAAAGCUGCUGAAGGUUGAUCGAAACGUUGCUAUUAUAAUGGCGUUCGAUAUGUUGCUGGCCGGGGUUGAUACGACAUCUUCCGGUACUAUUGGUGUGCUUUACUGUUUGGCGAAAAAUCCGGAAAAGCAGGAAAAACUACGCGACGAACUUCGUGCCAUUCUCCCGAGGAAGGAUUCUCCUCUGACACCGGAGAAUAUGCGUAAUAUGCCGUAUCUUCGAGCUUGCAUCAAAGAAGGUAUCCGCGUUUGUCCACCCACAGCAGGAAAUGCUCGUGCCACCGGCAGAGAUAUGGUUUUGCAAGGAUACAGGAUUCCGAAAGGGACGGACGUGGUGAUGUCAUCGAUGUUGUUGCAAAACGACGACUUGCACUUUGCUCGUGCCAAGGAGUUCCUUCCCGAGCGGUGGCUGAAAGAGGAUGGAAUACCAGAAGGAAAGAACUCCCAUCCGUUUGUAUAUUUACCGUUCGGGUUUGGAGCACGGGCCUGCAUCGGAAAGCGUUUGGCCAUGCUGGAAAUGGAAAUGAUAAUUUCUCGAAUCACACGUCAAUUCGAUUACCGAUGGAAUUAUGGCGAGCUGAAGAUUCGGGGAGCCCUGGUCAAUAUUCCGAUGAAUGAGUUGAAAUUUCAAAUGAAUGAAGUUCUUGAUUAGUUAGGGCUUAGUUGACUCAAAUUGUUAUUUGCAUGUAUUCUACAAAACUAAAAACACCGAAAUUUGCAUUCAAGUUGUAUAAAUAUACCCAUAGGUUUGGGGAACAAAUUUA